AAUAUCGGUAAACAUAAAGGGUUUACCUAGCUCUGUGCCAUCGUCUGAUUCUAUAUAUCACUCAUCAUCCUAGGACCGUCUGUCCGAGAGCUAUUGAAGAGCAAACUCCGAAUCUCCAAACCUGAGACCGAUACACCGAGGCGCAGUUGAUGUUGGACCUCCGUCAGCAGCAACAUGUACCCCAGCGCUGCGCCAGCGGGAUGCCCGCCCUACAACUCCAAAAACGGGCACGGUAAUGGACUCUACCCGCUACCUCAGGCCUUCCUUCAACAUCACCAGCAACUAGCUGAGGCUCCACGAAACAUCGCUAACACAAAUUUCCAUGGUCGGUCCCUGCCUGCAGGUCCUUCAGAUAUUCCCCCAUAUGAUUGGAAGCCAAGUCCCAGCACCCCACCUGGUCCUCAUGCAUCUGCACUGGCCAACAUGAGGAAGAGGCACAGUGGAGACCACAGCCCGUAUAAUGUAAAGAGGCAGCACUUCAGUUCCCCUGUCCCCCAUCAUGGCAGUCCUCCUGCUGUCGGCUCCUCUCCCUCGGUAUCCCGCCCUGGCCCCAGGGAAACACAGUAUUCCCUAAUUCAGCACUCCCCUCUCAGCCCCCAACCGUCUGCCCCACAGAUGCCCCCCCUGUGGGGAGAGAACCCUCGUAGCUCACUGCAGGCUUAUGCCAAGGACAAGCUGAGUGGUCAGAUGGUGGAGCUUUUUGAGGCAUGCCAGCAGCAGUCGACUGACCUGGAGAGGAAGGAGCUGUGCAGAGCUCAACUACAGAGAGAGAUCCAGAGACUCUUCCCAUUGGUGAGGUUGUACCUGGCUGGUUCUUCUCUGAGUGGUUUCGGCAGCAGGAACAGUGAUGCUGACCUCUGUUUGGUCAUCCAAGCAGCACCAGUGGACCAGAGGAAUGAUGCUGUGUAUGUACUCAGUCUCAUUCAGCAGCUCUUCUACAGACUCUCGUACAUAGAGAGACCACAGCUGAUCCGAGCCAAGGUCCCCAUCCUCAAAUUCAGAGACAAAGUCAGUGGAGUCGAGUUUGAUCUGAACGUAAACAACACUGUAGGGAUCAGAAACACCUUCUUGCUGAGGAGUUACGCCUACGCUGAGCGGCGUGUGCGUCCCAUCAUCUUGGUGGUAAAGAGGUGGGCCAGACAUCACAGGAUAAACGACGCCAGUAAAGGAACACUCAGCAGCUACACUCUAGUACUGAUGGUACUACACUACUUACAGACUUUGCCUGAACCAGUCAUUCCCUCUCUGCAGAAUGAAUAUCCAGAGUGUUUUAAUCCAUCCAUGGAUAUCCACCAUGUGCCUGAGGGUCCAAGAGACAUCCCCCCCUACUCCUCCUCUAACCAGGCCUCACUGGGAGAGCUGCUGCUGGGCUUUCUCAAGUACUACACCUCCGUCUUUAGGUGGGAUAAACAGGUGAUCUCGGUGCGAGAGGCUAAGGCUUUGCCCAAGUCAAAUAGUCUAGAGUGGAGAGACAAGUUCAUCUGUGUGGAAGAGCCAUUUGAUGGCACCAACACAGCCAGGGCAGUCCAUGAGAAGGUCAAGUUUGAUGCCAUCAAAGCACAGUUCGCUGAGUCGUGGCAGAUGCUCCAGCUGAGAAAGGAUCUCAACUUCAUCCUCCCAAUCAGAAACACCAUCCAGAGAUGAGGAGGAGGAACUGUGAGUGACUCAGCUGUACAGAGGAAAUCUGCCUGGUCUGUCCUGGGCCUUUCUGCUGGGUUGUACAGUCUCCAUCUCCCUCCUCAGCAUGCAAGGAGCCCUACCAUUCAGACUCUUCACGUUCUCCUGACUCACCUGCCAAUAUUACGGACACAGAAGAGAAAUAAAAGAAAGCAUAACCUCUGAUAUUUGAAGAGGAUACAUGAGAUUGCUGCUAAAGUGUGUGUGUGGUCUGAAGUAUUGCUGCUGCCUCGCAUAGGGGCCGAUUCAGACUUAGUAAUUGUACGCCUUUCUUAGGCUUGCCUUUCCUACGCACUUCUCAGUAGUUGGUAUUCAGACUUCAGGCAUGUAACGAGGUUUGGGGGGGGGGGGUUGGGAUGGAAUUCAACCCCAGAAAACAUACCAAUUUGAUCAGGGAGUUUUUGUUCAGUUAUACUGAAUAAAAAUAUAAAUGCAACAUACCUCAAUUUCAACAAUUUUACUGAGUUAGUUAAUUUAAAAGAAAUCAGUCAAUAUAAAUUAAUUAAUU